CUGAUUCCUAUGAUGAAAGUGUUUACUUGACCACUGUUUGGACCCCUGUGACUCACGGCAACUCCAGUACAGGGUGCCAUGUCCAAAGACACAUUUCCAUUCUCCUCUUCCUCACUGCGCUCUCUGAGGCUGGAUCAGGAGCUGCAGGACUGGGAGGAUGCCCGCCGAGCGCUGGCUCAUAGAAGAGCCAUGACCCGGGCCCCGCUGCCUCGGGCCCCCAGGCCUCCUCCCAGGCAGCAGCGGCUCCAGGAGGUCAGGGCUCCUCCACCGCAGGUCCACUGCAGAGACACGAGCAUCCACAACACCUUCAUGUGUGGCGACAUGAAAGGAGUGUAUGCUGUGCUGAAGGACCCCGCCAUGGUCAACGCCAUGAUGGAGACGGUGCACGAGGAGAUGGUGUGGACUCCAGAGAUGGGAAUGUGGACGCUGAGCACUAAGGUGAAACAAACCUCGGCUUUGCGUCUGGCUGCCAGCAGAGGACACACAGGCUGCGUGGAGGAGCUGCUGUUUCGGGGAGCUGAGGUGAACGACAACCCUGGAGGCAGCACGGCCCUCCAUGACGCCUGUAUAGGAGGUCACUCUGUCUGUGUCCAGCUGCUGCUGUCUCAUGGAGCAGAUCCUGAACUGCUGGCUGCAGAUGGCAGCGCUCCUCUCCAUCUCUGCGCUUCUGCUCAGUCAUUCCACUGUGCUGAGCUGCUUUUAGAAGGAGGUGCAGAGGUCAACGUGAGGACCAAGGAGUCGAGGCUCACACCUCUGCAUGUGGCCUCUCGGCGAGGCCUGGAGGAGCACGUGCAGCUCUUCCUCAGCCACGGAGCAGAUGUUUUAGCCACAAAUCGAGAGGGGGAGACUCCCCUGAAUGCUGCCUGCUCCGGAGCUGAGAGGCCAUCUGAGGCUGGACGCUACCUCCGUGUCAUUCAAAGCCUGCUGGACGCAGGAGCUGACCCACGAACCGCAGGCAGGAAGCAGCACACCCCGCUGCACAACGCCUGUGCAAACUGCUGCCACAGAAUCGUAGACGUCCUCCUGCAACACGGAGCGAAGGCAGAUGUUGAGAACUGUGCAGGAUACACACCGAUGGACUGUUUGCUGCAGGUGGUGGAGGAUUUUCCGGACCAGCAACCUGAAGCAAUAGCAAGAUCUCUUCUGAACCAUGGAGCGAAGUCGGUUUCACCAAAGGAGCUGAAGCAGUGUGUCCUCUCUCCUGCCACUCUAGAGGUGAUGCUGAACUCGUACUCCUCCAUCCCUCCCUGUGACUGGUUGGACUCUGUCUCAGCUGAGAUAUCUGAGGAGCUCCGUCCUUUCUUCCUCCUGCUGCGUCAGCGCAGCAGCCAGCCUCGAUCUCUGCAGCAUCUCUGUAGAUGUGCUUUACGUCAGCGUUUAGGAGCUCGGUGCCACUCAGCGGUCAGUAAACUGGACAUUCCCGGCUCUGUGAGGGAUUACCUGCUGCUGUGUAACGACGGGACGCUCCACUGACUCCACGCUGUGUACAUACAGUAUAUUUAUCAGUAUGGUGCCUCUUUGGAAACAGUAUCUAAGAUUUAUUUUUACAUUACAAUAACCUGUUGCUUUUAUUUAUUAAACUAACAUGUGUUUUUGUCAACUUGAAAUACUUAGAUGGAGUUUCUGAAAUUCUAAAUAAACACGAUUUUUCCUCCUU